CUCCGUUUCUUGUACAGAACUCAUAGAUUUUUACUCUUCCACAUGUCUAAUAAACAAGCACUUAAUGUAAAAGACGCCUUAUCGUAUCUGGAUCAAGUCAAGAUUCAGUUCUCUGAUAAUCCAGAUGUUUACAACAGAUUUCUUGAUAUUAUGAAAGAUUUCAAAAGUCAAGCGAUCGAUACUCCUGGAGUCAUUGAGCGAGUCUCAACAUUAUUUAAAGGACAUCCAGCUUUAAUUCAAGGUUUUAAUACUUUUUUGCCUCCUGGAUAUCAUAUUGAGUGUUCAACGAACCCUCAUGACCCUGAUUCCAUCAGAGUUACAACGCCUGCUGGAACAACUACUUCGACCAUAGGACCUCUAGAUUCUCAUCAUUUACAAUCGGGAGUACCUAAUUAUCAUUUGUCUUAUCCUCACCCACCACCUGCCUCAAUGAUGCCGUUACCACAUCAACAAGGACCUUCUUUGCAGCCGCAACCGGUCCCUUACCACAUUGGUUCACCAGUAGGGCAACCAGCUAGCCAAUCGACUUCGCAAUCAGUUGGACAAUCGGUUGGUAUUAACGCUCCGGGAAGUUCAUCACCAAACUCGCAACAAAGUAAUGGUAGAAAAGGACCCGUCGAAUUCAAUCAUGCGAUAAAUUAUGUUAAUAAAAUAAAGAAUCGAUUUUCGACGGACCCAGAUACAUACAAGCAAUUCUUAGAGAUAUUACAAACUUAUCAAAAAGAGCAGAAACCAAUUCAAGAAGUAUAUUCACAAGUUCAGGUUCUUUUUAAGAAUGCACCAGAUCUUCUGGAGGAAUUUAAACAGUUCCUUCCGGAUAAUUCCGGUAACUAUCCUUCGGGCAUGUUAUUUAAUGCUUUAUCUCAAAAUGCACUUAAACCGCCACAUCUUAUACCUCCUAUUAAUCCCUUGUCGAAUGGAGUUUCUGGUCAUGCCAGACUACCACCGGUCGGUAGUUUUUCUCAAACGACUACUUCAAUGUCCAAUGAUCCAUACAAGAAAUCUACAGCAGGAAGCUCAAGUUCAGUUGUUAAUAAUCCUUCAGGACAAGCCGUUGUGGGUUCUGUAGGAUCUUCAAGUAUGCCCAAGAAGAAAAGAUCAGCUCUCCCUGGCUCUGAUAGAAGCCCUAGUAGUAUGUUAUCUAACAAGUCAAAAAAAUCGAAAUUACUUCAUAAACCGCCCAAUGAUCAAGUUCAGCCCAAUUCAUCACUAAUACCUGUUAAAAUCGAACCUACAAAAGUAUCGGAUAAACAACCACCUGCUUCGCCUGAGGAAUUAAUGUUCUUUGAAAAAGUCAAAAAGUAUAUCGCGAAUAAGCAUAGUUAUAAUGAAUUCCUUAAACUUAUCAAUCUUUACAGUCAGCAAAUCUUGGACACAUAUUCACUCGUCAAAAAAGUGCAAAAUUUCAUAGGUCAAAAUACUGAACUAUUUGAAUGGUUUAAACAAUUUGUCAAGUAUGACGAAAAGGACGAGAUUGUGCAGAACACUGCUAAUUCCAGACCACGUGUGGAUUUGGAAGGAUGUAUUUCAUAUGGACCAAGUUAUCGUCAAUUACCACCACAAGAGGCUAAUUUGCCCUGUACUGGUCGCGACGAAUUAUGUUGGGAAGUUUUAAAUGAUAAAUGGGUAUCCCAUCCUACAUGGGCCAGUGAAGAGGCCGGGUUUGUUUCGCAUAAAAAAAAUCAAUUUGAAGAAGCCUUACAUAAGUGUGAAGAGGAAAGAUAUGAAUAUGAUAUGUUCAUUGAAGCAAAUCAACAUACUAUCGCUUUAUUGGAACCUAUCGAGAGAAAAAUACAACAUAAAAUGUCUGCUGAAGAGAAGGUUAAGUUUAAAUUGGAGCCUGGCUUGGGCGGAAAGUCAAUGAUUUAUCAGAGGGUGAUUAAGAGAGUUUAUGAUUUCGAUAAAGGUGCGGACGUGAUCGAAGCAUUACAUAACAAUCCAGCUACAGUAGUACCGGUAGUAUUAAAGCGAUUGAAACAAAAAGAUGAAGAAUGGAAACGCGCUAGGAGAGAAUGGAAUAAAAUAUGGCGUGAAAUUGAUGCCAAGAAUUAUUAUAAAUCUCUCGAUCAUCAAGGAAUUACUUUUAAGAAUGAUGAUAAGAAGGCACUUACUCCUAAAUAUUUAAUAGCUGAAAUAGAAAAUCUUCGUCGUGAACCUAAUGAAGAUGGCGAAAUACCAGAAUAUCAAUACAAAUUUGUUUUUAAGGAUCUUGAAGUGUUUAAAGAUGUGGCUCGGAUUUUAUUUGGAUAUAUGGAUCGUUCUGGAACUGUAGCGCCAAGUGAUAGAGAUAAAAUUGAAAAGUUCUUCAAAACAUUUAUACCCAGUUUUUUUGAUAUUCCAGCUUCUUUCUUUGAUGGAAUGAAUCAUGAAGAUUCUUCUAUGCUAGUAGAUCAUGAAGAACCUAUUGCAAAUAUGCCCAUGACAAUAGAUAAUGUUGAUGCAGAUGUUGAUAAUGGGCCAUUAUCCUCAGAACCGAUAAGCGGCAUGUGGAUUCAGGUUUCUAAAGAGUCACGUGAAAACAUUAGAGCUGUAGUAGCAAAUGCUGGAAAUGGAAGACUUAAGAAGAAAUCUACCAGUUAUUUCUUUGGAAACAAUGCUUUUUAUUGUUUUUUCAGAUUUUUACAGAUGCUGUUUAGCCGUCUUGAAACAAUGAAAGAAGGAGCUCAAGAGAAAGCAUCAAAUUCUUUGAACAAGGGACAAAAUGUUGCCGCAACCGAUCUAGGCAUUCAAAAUAAUCGACUUGAUCCCGAAGUUGAUAUGGAUUUGAAUCGUGGCGAUCCUUAUACAGUAAUGCUUGAACUUAUCGAAAAACAAUUUGAUGGUGAAAUGGAAUUAUCAACAUUCGAAGAAUGUCUUCGUUACAUUUAUGGUACAAAGGCCUAUAUAAUGUUUACUGUAGAUAAACUUGUUCAAAAUAUGACUAAAUAUAUGCAAACAUUGGUAUCAGAUUCGAAAUCGACUGCCCUAAUUAAUUUAUUUGAGAGUAAUAAACAACAACAAGAACAAUCGAAUGAUAGAUCGCACAUUAUGUAUCAGUUACACGCUAAUAAUACAAUUGGAUAUGAUGAACAUACAUAUCGAAUAGAUUACGACAAAGAAGAAAGAGUUUUGACUAUAUUGCUGUCUGGCCGCGAUUCUUCGUUAGGUAGCGCAGUAUCUUCGGAAGAACAAUGGGCUUACUACAUGUAUAGCUAUAUGUCUUUAAAUCCUACUGAAGGUGUUUCAGCUAAAACGGAACGUCCAUUUUUAAAGAGAAACUUGCCAUCUGUUGAAGGGUCAGAAAGGAUAUUGCCAAAUGUUUUAACUCGAAAUGGUUUAGAAAUUAAAAUAUGCAUUAAUUCAUAUCAUGUAUUCUUUGUCAAUAAUACUGAAGAUAGUUUCAGGCGUUUACGUCCUUCAGUACCAUCCACAAAACUACAACAGGAUACAGUUCGACGACAAGAAUUGUGGAAUCGUUGGUUAAGAUCACGAGAUGACGCUGACAGUAUGGAAAUGUAACAAGAAAAUAUAAACAUAUCCAAGUCACGUGACGAUGUCAUAUUUUAGUUAUUUGUAAAUCAAACACUUUUUUUCUAAAAAAUUAAUUAACUGUUAAGAAUACACUAUUUAGCUAAUCAUUUAGUUCAUUUAGUGAUUGAUAAUCACUUUAAAGAAUAUUUUAAUAGUAAAUAUAAUAAAAAAUUUUUACAUCCAUGCAUCUGUGCUCAAUGUGAUCAUAUGAUACACUAAAAAGCGAUGAUCUCAUAUUAAUUAUUACUAGUCAAGUCCAUACAAAUUUUAUAACAAUAAACGCUUCUUUAAAAACAAACUCAGCUUUAAGAAAUGGGAAAGAAAAAAAAUAAGAAAGUUG